AUGCCGCAGGUGUUCAAGCGCCUUGUGCUCAAACGCCUCGAUGAGUCCACAGUCCACGAGGCGCGAUGGGUGAUCCCGAAGGAGUUGAAAGCAGUCGGCCGCGGGCAGACGAAAGACGAGCUGAGACGGCUGUGGACUGAGGUUCGCCUGCAGGCAAUCGCACUGACUCCAGGGGUCCAGGCGCCGGCGCCCAAGACGAAGCACGCGGGGCGCGGCCAGAUCGUGCUCCAGGCGGCCCAGGCCCCCGUGCGGGCCGUGCUCGCGCCGCCGCCGGCGGGCUGGAGCGCGCCGGCGGCUGCGGUGCGCGCCGCCCGGGAGCUGGCCCCGGCCCCGGCAGCCGCCGCGGCCUCUCGCGGUCCACUGGAGACUCUCGACGGGCUGUCGCUGGACGUCGGCCCGUCCGCCGCGGCGUCGUUCGCUGGCUCCGCUCCGAGGGCGGCAGAGGCGGCCUCCCCCAGAUCACGCCGGGCGCGCCGCGGGCGCUCCUCCAGGUCCCGCCGCACUGCCCGCCGUGCCGUGGGCGCUAGGCUGCAAGCGAGCCCCGUGUACCAGGUGUACCCGGUCCCGUACGACCCGAGCCGGGUUCGCCCGCAGAUCCAGCUCGGCGUGCGCGUGAAGUCGUGCGUGCGCUCCGACCACGGCCGCGAGUUCAAGAUCCCGUCCUCGCUGAAGGUAUCUGAUAUGAGCACAGGCGUACGAAUCCAAGCAAACGACUUUAGGCUAUCAAGAAGCUGCCUAUGA